AAGAAGUAGAAGAGCUUUAUUUUGAAAGUAACAUGGGUGUAAGUUAACAGUAUGUAUGUAAGAGGAGGAGUCAUUAUCUUCAGCCACGCCUAUUCUUCUAUAUAAACUCAACUUUCUAACUAUCGUUUACUUCAUUCGGCUCAGCCGGUUCAACAGGCUCACCAUCGAUUGUUUCAUUUCCUCUUUUAACAUCUUCUUUAAGUGAACACUCUUAUAAUGGCUCCAUCUCCAAAAUGCCAAGGAAAAGCAUGUCCUGUCCCCGGAGCAGUGCCGAAUGGUCUUAUUCGUCUCUACAGCAUGAGAUUUUGUCCAUUUGCUCAGAGAGCAAGACUGGUGCUCACCGCCAAGGGAGUUAAACAUGAAAUUAUCAACAUCAACUUGAAGGAUAAGCCUGAUUGGUUUCUGGAGAAGAAUCCUUCAGGGACAGUGCCAGCAUUAGAAACUUCAAGUGGUCAGGUGAUCUACGAGUCACCAAUCACCUGCGAGUACCUGGAUGAGGCCUACCCUGUGAAGAAACUGCUCCCAUCUGACCCGUUUGAGAGGGCACAACAGAGAAUGCUGCUGGAUCAUUAUUCAAAGGUGAUUCCAUACUUCUAUAAGAUCUCUAUGGGCAAGAAAAGAGGAGAGGACGUCUCAGCAGCUGAAGUUGAAUUUACUGAAAAAGUCUCCCAACUAAAUGAGUAUCUGGUGAAAAAGAAGACCAAAUAUUUUGGGGGCGAUUCAAUCACAAUGAUUGACUACUUGAUCUGGCCAUGGUUUGAGAGGGCAGAGAUGAUGGGCGUAAAGCAUUGUUUGGCCAACACUCCUGAGUUAAGGAAGUGGAUUGAAUGCAUGUUCGAGGAUCCAGUGGUCAAAGCCACCAUGUUCAACACAGAGGAUCACAAAGUGUUCUUCAACACCUACAUGGACGGAAAUCCUAAUUAUGAUCAUGGUUUAUAGAGUACAACGGGAUGAUAUCUGUUCAUCUGUGUGUGGAAUUUUUUAUCAUAACUCUUUUCUUAUAGUCUAAGUAUUUUUAUACCGAAUUUAUAACCAAUUGUGCUUUUAAGCCUCAGACCUUAGACUAGAUCCCAGAAGGCCAUGUAAAAAUGGCUACAAUGUCUUUCAUACAUGAAUAUAAAUAAACCAAACAUACAAAAUAUAAACAUAUUUUGGGCAAAUCUUA